GGAAAUUGCCCGACAGAGAAAGUGUAGCGGAGAAAAGAGGGGAGUGGAGGUGUAGGCGUCCGUUUGUGUUUUGAGCUGCUGCUGGACUCUACUACUCUCUGCUACUGAACAAUACUUCCAUAGAGGAAAAGACGACGGUCCCGGUUACCUGUACGGUUAGGAGUACCACUUCCCCCUGUCGUGAGUAAAGCAAGGGUCGUUCUUAGGUCACACUGCUGAGAUGACUAGGCUGUGACAGUGUGUGUCCAAGUGUGUCUGUACUGGACCAGUUCCUGUGACAUGGCUGCUGCUAAGAAGAGUUGUGCGAAGGCAGGAGGCGUUCGCUUCUCAGAAGAGCCCCCGGCUGCCGGAGCCCCAUCACAUGUUCACUUUGACGAAAAGCUGCAUGACUCCGUCGUCAUGGUGACUCCGGAGGAUGACGGCAACUUCAUGGUCAAGGUUGGCUUCCUGAAGACACAGCACCGGUAUGAGAUAGUGUUCACCUUGCCAGAGGUCCCAGCUCUGGGGAAGGAUGUGUGUCCAGCACCAGUACCCAGUCCACACCUCCGGAUCACUGAUAUCACUCCAGCUCCUGAGGGAGGUCUGAAGGUGACGUGCGAGUACAUGGCCCAGCAGGAGGGAGUUCUGUGUGAGGAGGUGCUGCUGCUGAGUGAGACCAACGAAGACGUCUGUGUUAAAGUCAAAGUUCAUGCCAGAGUCAUGGAUCGUCACCAUGGCACACCCAUGCUGCUGGAGGGAGUUCGCUGUAUUGGCGUGGAGUUGGAGUACGACUCUGAACAGAGCGACUGGCAAGGAUUUGACUAAAGCUUAAGUUCCUGCUCCCCAUCCACCUGAAGUACACACACGUACACAAAUAUAUACACACAUUUUCACCACCAUAGAACUGUACACCUACCAAAUUAAACAGAACACACACCAGCCAUUUCCCCAAAUAGAAAAUACACACAGAUGAUUUAGUGCCACGUUAUGUGCAGCAACUCAGUGUUUAGUUUUGGAUCCAGAGGAAAUUGAUAUUUGUGUGCAGAAAACAUAUAGAUGCAUAAACAUUCCUCUGAUGUGACUUUCACAACAUCGACAGCAUCUGAACGGACAGUUUUUCACUUUGCUUCAUCUCUCCUCCAACCCUCCUUCUUUCACCAUGACAUAUUCUGUUGCUAACCUGUGUUUUCCUCCCUGAUCUCUAGAGGGCAGCAGUGCUCCUUUAAUCAGUGCAGCCUCAGAUCCUUUUCACUGCCUCUUGUGCUCCAGUUCACUGUUUUCCCAAUGUGAAAACUGUACAAACUGUAUCCCACAAGGAUUUAUAGGUGAAGGACUAAACAAGGGCUCUUUUAUAAACCAAGCAGCUUGAAAUCUAUGUAUAGGAAGGAAUACAGAUCUGCACAAUUCAGGGGGGGAAAAAAUCGAACUGAUCAGCAACGUUAGCAUGUAAUAUCUUGGUUAGACCAUAAGGGGGCACUGCAGACCACUGUAUGUAAUGCUCCUAUAAUCUGAAGGUUUUCUUUACUGCAGUUUGGUCAUGCUUCCCCAUUUAAAGGAAAAAUCCAACUAUUUCAUGAUUUGUAGUUCAUUUUUCUGUUGUACCAAAUUUCCCCUCAACCUGCCCUAACAACUACUGCUGAAGUGCAUCUUUUCUGCAUUUCCCAGGAAAUCCCAAGAACAUGUGUGAACUCAUUUCAAUACUGUAGGUGUAUGUGUGGAAAGCAAUUGCAGCAGCAAUAAUGAAAAGAGGGGCUUUGUUCUGAGGAAAAAAAAACCAAUUAGUACCUCAUGUGCUACAGCUAUAAGGCAUUAAUCUACUGAUGGAUCUCCUUGUAUGAUCAUUAAACAUUUGUUUCAGAAAGUAUGUCAAGAAAGAAGCGCUAUGUCUUUCAUUACGAGGAACUGACACCAAAAUCUGAUGUGUACUGUUUGUUUUUGAUCUUUUAAACAUUUUUCUGCUCCCAAACUUUUUGUCGUUGAGCUGCAAACAUUUUGACAUAAUAUGUAUUUUUCUGCCUUCAGCAGAAUUAAAACAAAACAAGAAGUUUCAAUAACAAAUGCAGUGUACUGCACAUAGCCAUCAGGGGUAUUUAAUUGAGAUGAAACAAUUAGUCAAUUAAUUGGUUAGUCAGUCAGCCAAAAAUAUGAGUUAUUCUGAUAAUAGAUUAAUGAUUUAAGACAUUUUCAACCUUAAAUGUAAAAAUUCUCUGAUUCUAGCUUUGCAAAUGUGAGGAUUUUCUUUAUAAACUUUAUAUCUUUGGGUUUUGGAUGAGACAUUUGGAGAUGUGACCUCUCGACUGAGAAAUUGUGACUUUUUUUCAGUAUUUUCUGACCAAAGUAUUAAACUAAUCUGAAAUAAUCACUAGCUUGAUGGACCAUGAAAAUCAUCUUGCAUUGAAGUGUUUCGGGUGGAUUUUUCCUUUAAUCAAACCUGCUGCAGCCGGUCCAGAAGAGUUCAGGAAGGAUCUGUUUCUUUUGUUUGAAUUCAUGAAGCCUUCAGAACACACGUGACACAAGUGCCUUUCAUUGCACCGUCCCACUUCUAUUUAACUUGAACCCAAAGUUGUUUCACCAUCUCCUGUGCAUCUUGUCACAAACUGUACCCACCAGACAAACACAUGGAGCAGUUUGGAGAAUCCAUAAAAGUCCAGCAUAACAGCUGCCUGUUUGUUGUCUGUACAGUGUUCAGUUUCACUUCUUCCAUCGGCUUGCUUUACACUGUUGUGUCUGACUUUCAGUCCGGUUGCUCUCAUUGCAGUACGAGUGCAGAUCAGAGAGAGCUGACAGGCACGAUCACUUAUCAGUGAAUUACCUGUCGGUUCUGCUUCAUUUAUGUUUGUACUUGUAGAGCAAGUGCCACGAUCUGGCUGCACUGUCGUCUCCUCCUUUUUACAAAAACCACAACGUUUUCUCUCUCUGAAUCAACAUUUUUUUUGUCUUUGUUUUACCCGACUGACUUCAUCAGCCUUAAAGGAAAUGAUUCUGUGUGUAAUUUCUCGACGUAGUCAACCAUAGGCUGUUGGUGUAGUGCAGAUUAGAUUUAUUUGAUGUUUGCUUGCGUGUAAUAUAGGUCAGAGUCUGGUUUGUUUCUUGUUAGUGUGAAACUGAAGUGCUCAGUAGGUUACUGUUUGAAGAAUGUAGCAGCUCAUUUGUUGAUAUCUGCUCCCUCUGCCUGUGAUUUGUAUUUUUGAAUGUCAAAAAACAAUAAUAAUAAAAAUGUGUGUACGUUUGA